AAUCAAAUGGAUUUAGCAAUUGUUUGUCUACUAAUAAUAUUUUUCUUUACAUUAAAUGGUGAAUGUUUCAAGAAGUUCAGUUUCUUUGGUUCCAAAGGAUCACCACCACCACCACCGAGUGAUAGUCAAUGUACGUGUACGUGCAGACCACAAGUUCAAACUCGCUACGUGGCCAUUGAAGUUCCCAAAAUGAUACCAGCACCUUCACCCCCGCCACCGCCACCGCCUCCGCCUCCACCAGCACCAGUGUCACAUUCACCAAAAAAGACACACAUCAUUUCAAUCCAAGAGGUGGAAAUACCAAUAGUUAAACACGAAUCAAACUCAUGGGGAUCACCCACCCCACCGCCAUCCUGGUCAGAUCGAAGAUGGGAUGAAGAGACUAAUUAUCAAUCAACCGAUUCUUAUGAUUACAAUGAUAAUAAUAAAAUGUCCAAUUAUGGUGAUGAUGGUGAUUUAGGUUCGUUAAUGAAAGAUGAUCAAAUUAAAUGAUCUCGAAACAGAAACAACAACAAUUUACCUUACAAUUAAAUCAUUAAAAUGGACAUUAUCAUUAACCAUCUAAAAGAACAACCAAUUUAUCCGAUCGAUUGUCCGAACGAAAGAAGAGAAGAAAAAAAAAUUCUUAUAUUAUUUUGAUUGUUCAAUUUAUCGAUCAUUUGAAAAGUCGAAACAUUAAUAAGGAUAAUUUUCCAUUCAGAUUCUAAUUGUAUUUCUAUUACACUUCUACUGAUUUGUAAAUGGUCAACAAUCGAUUAAUAUGUAAAAAAGAAAAAUAUACUAUUAUGUUGAUCAAUUUUCUUCAUU